GCUAGCGUUCUUGGUGGCGGUGGCACAUUCAAACUCAGCUCAUUCAUGACGUUUCUUGGCCCCUUUAACAUUGAAUCCUAAGAAUCAUUGAGUAUACGCACAUGCCGGGAUGUAGUGUUUAGGCGCCCCAACACCGGACCACGCGCUUGUGCGACACUACGAACACACCUAAAAUCACCGCUACGAUAACUACUACUCCAAUGGCUCCGAACGAACAUGGUAUCUGCGCGAUCCCUGCCUCCCAGAUGUGCUCAGGGGCGAGUGAAGCCCCCCGUGGAGAGCUCUCCGUCAUCGAUCGCGCCAGGGCUGCUCAAGAAAGGUGGCGAGAACAGCCGCUGCCUACUGUUCUCGAGCGCGAACUGCAAGUAGAAAUAUUGAUGGCCAAUUUCGAAGUCAUUUCUUCUACGGAACGCUUUCCAGAGAUCUCCAUCAUGUACCAGGCCCUGUUCCAUCGAACCAAAACCUUCACCACAACCGUGCGAGCCUUGGCUAAUGCCACGGCCGCGCAGGCACCACAGCACUGGGCUGGUGCUGGCUGUUUAUUAGUCGACUGGACGGUAAACGUUUUUCGGCACGAGAAGAUCGGCAUCGAAAGAUUUUUGCACAGCCAGCGGGUAAGCCUGUAUUGGAUGUUGGACGAGACUUUACUCCACAUUCUGCUCGACCAAUGGGAAAAUGACUCCUCGCGUAUCCCAUGGGACAAGGCCACAGCACCCAUCUGCCUCGCAUUAUCGAAGGCGGAUAAUAUGGUACCUGGAUGGUUGGAGCGAGAUGCGGACGAGUUUCGGAAAUGGCACGAUUCUAUGGACAGGACUAUGGAACUAAAAAAGAACGUACUCGUGCAAGAUUACUUCAAGCGCUCACGCACAUUCUUACAUCAGAGUACCAGGAUUAAUGAGAUAUGGAGGACCGUCAGAAUGUGUGGCAAAGGAUUCCUUCCGGCUGAGUUGGCCAACGCUAUCGUCGAGGAUGUAUCCAGAUCUGAGAAGCUGCCUAUGGGCAACCUGCGGACGUUGUACUUCCCGAAGGGCAAGGGCCAACUGUAAUAGGGCCUGAACAUCGAAAGUGGCUUCUCAUGAUCAAUCGUAAUAGCGACGUCAAAAACCGCCAUAGAAAUGUUGGAAGAGCAUAGUCUUCACCAUUCACAUUCUAAGGCCCUUGUUCCUUGCUGCUUAACCUUACGAGGGUAGCCGCUUGAGAUAAGUCGACUCCCAUAACCAUCAAUUAGAGCCGGCGAUGAGGAGUACUAGAAUACUGAUUCAGUAUGUCCAAAUUGCAUAGU